AUGACUGUUUUACAGGGUGCCAAAGGAGACAAGGGCGACGAAGGCAGUCCCGGGGAGUCUGGUCUACCAGGGAAGGCAGGGGAGAGAGGACUACGGGGUCUGGCGGGUCAGCCUGGGCGAGCAGGGGAGAAGGGAGACCUAGGAGACUCUGGAGAGCACGGACGCAAUGGAAGCCCAGGACCUAUUGGACCAAGAGGAGAGAAAGGAGUUGAGGGAGCUCAAGGCCCCCCAGGACCUCCAGGAAACAUGCGCGAUACAGAUAAAAAGCUUAAAGGAGAAAGAGGAGAAAAGGGGGAUGCUGGCGAUCCGGGAGAGCAUGGGGGCAAAGGUCAGAAGGGCGAGGCAGGGCCCUCAGGAGCCACUGGGCUCCGGGGACUUGAGGGACAACGUGGACCUCCAGGGGCAAGAGGUGACACAGGAGAGAGAGGAGGCCCAGGAGAGAAGGGUGAGAGAGGUGCGUCUGGACUGGAUGGACGCAACGGUUUGGAUGGCAAACCAGGAGCACCAGGACCGGCCGGCCUGAGGGGAGACCCAGGGAAACUAGGGGAUCCAGGAAGAGAUGGGCUGCCAGGACUGAGAGGUGCACAGGGCCUCCUAGGCCCUAUUGGGCCUGUAGGAAAUCCAGGCACAUCUGGCAAAGCAGGAGAAGAUGGAAAACCAGGGGCUGCUGGGAAAAUGGGCGAGGAUGGCGAACCGGGGGAAGAUGGCAGGAAGGGUGACAAAGGAGAGGCUGGGGCUGCUGGAAGAGACGGUCGUGACGGGCUGAAGGGAGACCGGGGCCUUGCAGGGCCUACAGGGCCAACUGGUCUAUCUGGGCCCCCAGGGAUCCCUGGCACCAUCGGACCUCCAGGACAGGUGGUCUAUGUGAAGGGAGCUCCAGCACCAUCUAUCCCUGGCCCUCAGGGGCCUCCAGGAACCCCAGGUGUGCCUGGAAUCCCAGGGGCUGUAGGAGCCAGAGGAGAGAAAGGAGCAGUGGGUGGUAAAGGUGAAAGUGGUGACCCAGGAGAGAACGGGAAACCGGGCAGGCCUGGAACAGCAGUGGAUGUGCAGAAGGCCCUCUCUAACCUUGGCAUCGAGGUGCUGGACCUGAAGAUGGUUGUGGAGAGGAAGGAUGUGCUGGUCAAGCCUGUGGUGGAGAAGGCUGAGAAGGGCCAGAGAGGAGACAAGGGAGAGGCCGGACAGAGAGGACCAGCAGGGAUAGAUGGUGCUCGCGGGAUGGCUGGGGAGAGAGGUGUGAAGGGAGAACAGGGGGAACAGGGGCCUGUAGGGGCCACAGGACCCAUAGGGAGGGCCAUCGGAGAGAAGGGCCCAGUGGGGCCCCCGGGACAGGCUGGAGAGCCAGGAAAACCUGGCAUAUCUGGAGUACCAGGGAGAGCCGGAGAACUGGGAGAGACUGGACGACCUGGAGAUAGGGGGGAGAGAGGAGAGAAAGGUGACAAAGGAGAGGCUGGGGGAAACGGGCUAGUUGGAUUAGUGGGCCCUCCUGGACCAAAGGGUGCUUCUGCAGAAGUGGGUCAGGCUGGACUCCCCGGAGCAAGGGGGCUCCCUGGGGUCGCAGGACCGAAGGGAGAGCCUGGUGCUUCAGGACCACAGGGAUCCAAAGGAGACGGGGGUAUUGCAGGUCCCCGUGGAGAUAAAGGCGACCGAGGUCCAUCUGGAGAGCAGGGACGUAAUGGCUUUCAGGGGACAGCAGGAGAACCUGGCAAACCGGGACAGGAUGGGAAGCCGGGCCUGCCUGGGUUCCCUGGAGUGCUUGGCAGACCGGGAAACCCUGGAGAACCUGGAAUUAGAGGGUCAACUGGUCCGAUCGGUACCAACGGGCCUCCAGGUCCACCUGGGGUAAAGGGUAAUCAAGGAGUGCCUGGGGUUGGCGUUCAGGGACUGUCUGGUCCCCAAGGCAGCAUGGGACUGCCGGGACCUGGAGGGACUCCUGGAGCUGUGGGUCCAUCAGGACCUCCAGGUCUACCAGGGCAGACGGGCGAGGGGGGCAAGCCAGGGGUCCCAGGAAGAGACGGAAUACCUGGAAAAGAGGGAACACCAGGGUUGCCAGGCAAACAGGGAUUCGCUGGACCAAUGGGCUCCACAGGGUUGAAAGGGGAGCAGGGGGACAGUGGCCCCCCAGGAAAGGCUGUAGCAGGACCCGAUGGUGUGAAAGGAGCACAGGGACCUCCUGGUGUGACCUUACCUGGGACAGUGGGAGAGAGAGGGCUGCCAGGGCUACGGGGUGAGAGGGGUGACAAGGGUCCUGCAGGCAUCAAAGGGGACAGGGGUGCUGCUGGUGAAAAUGGGGAGCCUGGAGAAGAUGGGGGCAGAGGACCAGCAGGGCCUAAAGGAGACAAGGGAGAGAGAGGCAUCGGACUGGCAGGGCCUCCUGGUCAGCUGGGACCUCAAGGGUUAAAGGGGGACACAGGACACCCGGGCCCAGCAGGUCCUCCAGGAGCCCGUGGCGUAGCAGGGACCCCUGGUCUGGCUGGCCUGAGAGGAGAGAACGGAACCCCAGGACCCCCAGGACCUCUAGGACCCAGGGGUCUCCAAGGCUUUCCUGGUCAGACAGGGACCCCUGGAGCUCCUGGGCCCCCUGGACCCUCCGGCCUAGCUGGUACACCGGGAACUGCUGGAGGCAAAGGGGACAAGGGAGCGAUUGGAGCAGGAGUACCUGGAUUGAGAGGCGAGAGAGGAGACCCAGGACCCAGGGGGGAGGAGGGUCGAGCUGGUCUAGACGGGGAGAGAGGACUAGUGGGCUUUCCAGGUGGCAAAGGAGGCAGGGGAGAGAAGGGUGAAUUGGGGCCGCAAGGUGACAAAGGAGAAAAGGGCGAUACUCUCCUGGUGGGAGGACCUACAGGAGAGAAAGGCAACAAAGGAGAGACGGGUGACCGAGGGCCAAAAGGGGGGCAGGGGGAGAAAGGCUUGAAAGGCAAUGACGGCCCAGCUGGGGAGCAGGGUCUGAGAGGUGAGCCAGGAGACAGGGGCUCUACAGGGUUCCAGGGGGCCAGAGGUCCAGGAGGACAGAAGGGAGAGGCAGGCCAGCCUGGUGUACCUGGAGAAUCUGGUACACCAGGAAAAGAUGGAAUGCCAGGCUUUAGAGGAGAGAAGGGAGACGUGGGAAUAACUGGAAUGCGUGGAAUUAAGGGCGACCGAGGAUCAAAGGGGGCGUGUGGAUCGGACGGACCAAAAGGAGAAAAGGGAGAUUCAGGGAUCCAUGGGCGGUCAGGGAUGCCUGGAAGGAAAGGUGAGCAGGGAGAAUUGGGUUCUCCGGGGGCCACUGGAACCGCAGGCAAGGAGGGACUGAUCGGACCCAAGGGUGACCGAGGCUUUGAUGGAGUCCUGGGGCCCAAAGGAACUCAGGGAGAGAAGGGCGAAAGGGGCCCCUCAGGUAUCCCCGGCCCCCCAGGCCCCAGAGGAGUAGAUGGGGCCUCUGGACUGACAGGGUCUCAGGGACCCGCUGGAGCUAAGGGCCCUGAAGGCCUCCAAGGACAGAAGGGGGAGCGGGGGCCUCUUGGUCCUGCCAUGAUAGGUCCACGCGGUAUCCCAGGUAUACCAGGAGACAGAGGCGAGCAGGGGGAGUUGGGUCCAGAUGGAGCCAAGGGAGACAGAGGAGAGCCAGGCUUGACGGUCAGUGCUUCACCUGGGCCUCGGCCAAAUCUGCUGACUCUACGAGGAUGA